CGCUCCUCAUUACAUGGACUGCAGGAAGUGCUAGAGACAUGUAACUCCUCACUGCAGUAUCUGAAGUUAAACCAUAUCAAUAACAACCUGCAGGUUCUCAUCAAUAUUUCCUGUAAAAUCCCAACGCUGAACUCAUUUUAAAUCCGAAAUAACUGCAUCAAAGAUAUUAGAUUAGACAUGCUGCACUUGUGUACUAAUCUAAAAGAAUUGGACUUGGGGAUGAAUGAGAUAACUGCCAUCUCUAACAAUUCGUUCAAAUCACUUAGGAAGCUUAAGACUUUAAUCAUAAAGUCUAACUUUCUCACAUCAGUCCCCUAUGCCGUAAGGAAAACUCAAAUCUUAAAACUGGAUCUCAGCUACAAUAACAUCAAUGCUCUUGGCUGUGACGAUUUUGCCGAUAUGAAACAGCUCAGACAUCUCAGUCUAUACAAUAAUCCUCUCAUGGCUCUCAAGGAUUGUGUUUUCAAAGAUUUGGUCCAUUUAAAUGUCUUAAUGUUGCAAAACAGCGGCAUUGAUAAAUUAAAUGGCGCCUUCAAAAAAAACACGCCGAAUCUUGAAAAUCUUAUUUUGUCAAACAAUCAUCUCACUGUUCUAGAUCAUGGAGAAUUUAAAGCCCUGAAUUCCCUCAAGAAUUUGGCAUUAGAAGUGAAUAAAUUAAAACAACUUAAUGAUGGGACUUUUUUUGGACUUUCCAGUCUUAGACAACUUACUCUCCGAUCAAAUGAAAUAACUGAAAUUACAAACGGUGCUUUCAGUCACUUGGAAGCUUUAAAGACAUUGAAUUUGGAGAGCAAUCACAUUAAAUAUGCAUCGUUAGAGCCUAUUCCGUAUCCGCCAUUUGCUGAGCUUUCACAACUAGAUACUUUGUUUAUUUCAGAUCAACACAGACCUCGUAGGGACAAAUUCCCUCAAAACUUUCUGCAAGGCCUGACAAAUCUGUCAAUAAUCUAUAUACAACGUAACCAGCUUAAAACCUUGCAUCCACACACCUUUAACUAUACUCCUAAUUUGAAUAGGCUCCAUUUGUCUGAAAAUGCUUUCGCAGACAUUCCCAACAAUUUGUUUUCCCCGAUUCAAAAACUAAAAAGGCUUCACAUUUCACAAACAAACCUAAGGUCUCUAGAUUUUCUGCUCCAUGCUAACCUCACAGAGCUGGAGUUAUUGCAGGUGGGGAAGAAUACAUUUUCUGUUAUCACAGAGCCAGUGAUGCUGUCUCUGUCAGCCCUUGAAUACCUGGAUUUGCAGGGUAAUAGCUUCUCCUGUAACUGUGACAACGCGUGGUUCCUCCAAUGGGUAAUCAACAACAAGCAAACACAAGUGUUUGAUGCUAACAACUUUGAAUGCAACUUCCCACCAAACCUCAAAGGGAGAAAACUUUUGGAGAUUGACGUCCGUUCAUGUACGGUCGACAUGGGGUUCAUCUGUUAUAUUUCAACGACAUGCGCGGUCAUCAUGACCAUAGCAGUCUGCUUCACCCACAAGUUCCUGCAAUGGCAUCUGGUCUACGCGUACUACCUCAUGCUGGCGUUCCUCUACAACUCAAAGAACAAGGACAAGGGUGCUCAUCAAUACGACGCCUUCGUCUCCUACAACACAAACGACGAGGGUUGGGUGCUGGGGGAGCUGCUGCCCAAGCUGGAGGACGAGCAGGGCUGGAGACUGUGUCUGCACCACCGAGACUUCCAGCCAGGUAAACCCAUUAUGGAAAACAUAACAGACGCCAUCUAUGGCAGCCGGAAAACCAUCUGCGUGGUCAGUCGUGAUUACCUGGAGAGUGAAUGGUGCUCCAGAGAGAUCCAGGUUGCCAGCUUCCGUCUGUUUGACGAGCAGAAGGACGUGCUGAUCCUGGUGUUCCUGGAGGACAUUCCCAUGCAGCAGCUUUCUCCGUACUACCGCAUGCGGAGGCUCCUGAAGAGACAAACCUACCUGAGCUGGUCCCGCGCAGACGCACACCCAGACCUGUUCUGGGAGAAGCUCCGGCAGGCCCUGGAGACCCGAGAGCACCCAAUGGGUGAGCAUAUACGGCUCACCGUGGAGGACGGACCCCCUGGAGAGAGACCAGACCAUUAAAAGGCUUAGAAAUGCUGGGGGGAGGGGGUGGGGGGGGGUACUGUAUUGUAAAACACCUUCUUUUCAUUUUUAUGCUGAUGAUUCUUGGGUGUACUUACCCAUCAAGCCCAACGACCCAUAUAUGCUAAGUGCAUUUCAUGAAUGCCUAAAUGACAUUAAAAGCUGGAUGGCACUAAAUAUUCUGCAGCUUAAUCACAAAAAGACAGAAAUCCUGGUCAUUGGCCCCCAGCAAAUAUCCGAACAAAUACCGCCAUCUAGCCUACUAGUGACCUGCCAAACUUAUCAAACCUGUUGCAAAAAGCCUUGGAGUCCUGUUCGACAGUAAUUUAUGUUUUGAGCAACACAUCACCAAGAUCGUACAAUCUUGUUUUUACCAACUCCGCAAUAUUUCUUAAAUAGAUCAAUUUCAAAUCUCAGUGAUGCAGAAACGUUGCUACAUUCCUUCAUCUCCUCGCGACUUGAUUAUUGUAAUAGCCUUUUUACCUGCUUAAACCAGAAAACACUCAAAUGGCUACAGACGGUUCAAAACUCAGCUGCCAGGCUUUUGACAAGAUCUAGAAAAUAUGACCAUAUCGCACCUGUUCUAGCGUCUCUACAUUGGCUUCCUGUUUGUUUUACGAUUGAUUUUAAGAUUUUAUUGAUUACUUUUAUGGCUUUACAUGACUUGGCCCCAGCUUAUAUCUCAGAGCUUUUAGUCCCCUAUGUGCCGUCUCAUAGUCUGAGGUCCUCAGGCUGUAUACUGCUGUUCCUCCCAGUGUCCAGGCUCAAAACUAAAGGGGACAGAGCUUUCUCCAUACAGCACCGAAGCUCUGGAACGACCUGCCAGAGGAAAUUAGGUUGACUGAGUCACUGCCCAUUUUUGAAACUCUCCUCAAAACCCACUUUCAUCUAAGAGCUUUUCCAGAUUUCAUUUGAGCCUGCCUGUUUUUAUUCCUGUCUUUUAUCCUUUCAUUUUCAUAUGGCUCAUUACUGUAUAUCACAUGUAUUUUAUGCUUUGUUUUAAUUGUGCUUUUAUUUUUUCCGCACUUUGUAACUGUGUUUUGAAAAGUGCUAUAUAAAUAGAGUUUAUUAUUAUUAUUAUUAUUAUUAUUAUUAUUAUUAUUAUUAUUAUUAUUAUACUAAUAUAUACUGAUCUCAUGCAUAAUUGAAGACUCCUUCAGGGUGGGAGUUCUGUUGUUUGCCAAUAGCUGAGUUUAUUAGCUCAAGUUCUAAUCAUCAUUAGCAUGCAAAGGAAUGUAGACCGCCUGCAUUUCACCAAGAUAUUCCAGAUCGGGUGGGCAGAGCCUGUCCAUGACACUUGUGUCUGCGUACCAAACAAUGUUAUCGCUUGUUUUUUCCUUAGCUCAAUAGCUUAUUAUUGUAUCUAGGCCUUUCUAAAAAGGGGAAACUAUGGUCACUGUUAAUUUGAAAUAAAUCUUGUUUUCUAAAACACAAAUCAAUGACUGCAACUUUACCAUCUGUAAAAAGUUGCGCGAGUAUUUCUAAGCCUGACUUUGCCCCUGAGUCUAUAAGAAUCAAGUUUUAUGAUAUUUAUAACUAAGAUAAUUUGUAGUGUGGAAUUGUUUGCCUGUUCAAUAUUAACCUAAGUUAGAUAAUGAACUUGAAACUGCCGUUUUCUUCAAUAGUAAUUGUACAUCGCUGUCACACUGCACUCAAUUUUGAAACCUAUCACUAUGUCAGACGUCAUGAUUAUAUACAAAUGUAGGCUAUACAGUGGUGUAUAGUUACAAAGUAGAAAUUCCUCGUUAAUGUAGAUCUACUUCAGUUUUUUCGGGAUUUGUACUUCACUUGAGUAUUUACAUUUCUUGCAACUUUCACUUUUACUCAGCUACCUUUCCUCAAUAUAAUGUAUACUUUUA